GCUUCAGUGGUGAGAAUCGAUGAACUUAAGUCAGAAGGAUCGCUUUAAUCAAGAGGAAUUCUGCUAUCUACUUUCACAUUCGUAAACCGUACGUAUUCAAACUGAUGUAAUCGCACAUUUCUAUAUUACAAAAGAUUGCUCUGACACUUCAGUCUGCCGCUGCUAUUAACGUUACGCAGGUCUGAGAACGCUAGAAGAAGCUGUUAAAGAAGAAUCUUUACGAAAAUAAUUUUUUACAUAGCUACAAUUACUUGUCUGAGAUUGUUAAAUGGAGGUUUUUCUAUGAUGUGUUUUAUAUGAUCGUGACAUAUGUUAUAUGUGCAUCUAAAAACAACAUUUAAAAAAUAUAUCUACGUUUACACGCGUAUAAAAUAUCUUAGUGUGUAGAGAAUUCGCACGCAACUAGUAAAUAAAUUAUUUGUAAAAACCUCAAUAAUGGUCGAACUGAAUUGCGUUUAUGAUCAUUUGAAGUUUGACGAGGCCUGCGUAAAUGUGGUAGCCAACGAUAACAACUUCAUUGAUGCGUGGUUUUAUUCGCUCUCCGCGGAUUGUGUAUCGUGUCCGUACAAACGAAUAGCGUCGGUUUCGAACAAUAUCAGUUUGAAAUUUAGCACGAUUAAACCAUUAAAAUGGAGAGUGUUAAGUGACGGUAGCGAUGAAUAUGUAUCUGCCAAAAUUACGAGUAAUGUUGUUUGCGAAUUGUUACCGAAAUUAGAACAAUAUGGUUUAUACGAAUUCGCAGUACAAAAUGGAACUUGUGGAUUUAAAACUUUAAAAGAGCCAACAUAUCCAUACACAGAACUUUUUAUUAUAUUGGGAAUAAUUGUAUUGAUCUUGUUUGGCAUAUCCGCCGGAAGAUCUUUGUGGCAUAUGUUUAAACGACAAUGUUUAAAAAAAAGAAAUUCGCAAGAAGAACCAAGUAGCAAAGCAUUAGCGAAACGUCGAGUAAAAGCUAUAGACACAUUCCGAGGAGCGAGCAUUCUUUUCAUGAUCUUUGUCAAUGAUGGAUCCGGUAGUUAUACGAUAUUAGGACAUACAACUUGGGACGGCAUGUUACCAGGAGAUUUAGUAUUUCCUUGUUUUAUAUGGAUUAUGGGAUUUUGUAUUCCUAUCGCUCUGUCGGCGCAGUUACGACGUGGACAUCCGAGGCUUCAAAUCAGCUAUUCUGUACUGAAGAGAAGCUUUUUUCUCUUUCUCAUAGGCGUUGCGUUAAAUACGUUGGGCACAAACGCGCAAUUGGAAAACAUACGUAUAUUUGGAGUUCUUCAACGAUUCGGAAUUACUUAUUUAGUUGUUAGUCUGGUGUAUCUUUGUUUCACAUCUCGUCGGAUGUCAAACUAUACUCAGAAUGUGUCACAAACUCCAUUAAUACGUGAGGUACUAAGUUUACUGCCACAUUGGUGCAUAAUGCUGAUUUUUGCAUUUGUGCAUUUGGUUUUAACAUUUAGUCUUCCCGUGCCCGAUUGUCCGAGCGGAUAUCUCGGACCAGGUGGAAGGCAUGAAGACGGCGAAUACUUCAACUGUACCGGAGGAGCGGCUGGAUAUAUUGACAGAACCAUACUAACUGUAAAUCAUAUUUAUCAAAGAUCAACCAUUAGUUCUGUUUAUGGAUCAAUUCCUUUUGAUCCUGAAGGAAUUUUAGGAUGCCUCACAUCGAUAUUUCAAGUAUUUUUAGGUGUGGAAGCUGGUAUCAUUCUGAUGUUGUAUAAAGAUUGGAAAGAUCGUAUUUUUCGAUGGGUUUUAUGGGCAGUAAUAUAUGGUUUUUUGGGAUGCAUGUUACAUUUUAACAAUGUUAUACCGGUCAACAAAAGCUUGUGGUCUAUAUCAUUCGUACUUGUUUCGACAUCUUUUGCUCUGGCUUUCCUUUCGGGAUGUUAUUUGUUAAUUGACGUUACUAAAGUUUGGCAAGGUGGGCCUUUUAGAAUACCAGGAAUGAAUGCACUAGUAUUAUAUGUGGGUCAUAGCAUGUGUUAUCAAAUUUUUCCAUUUCACUGGAGAAUUGGUGCAAUGGAUAGUCGUGCGUUGUGCUUAAUAGAAUCGAUUUGGGUUGUGACUCUUUGGACAAUUAUAGCGUAUAUUAUGCAUCGUAAACGAAUAUAUAUUACACUCUAAAUUAUAUAUAUAUAUAUAUAUCUAAUCGAACUUAUUACAUUGUGCUAUAUUUUUAGAGUAAAAGAAAGAACUUUACGCAUUAAUUUUUGAAUAAAAGUCAUUAUAUUACAGGAUCUUUUCUAAAAUAUAUAGAUGUUUAAAUAGGUGUUUUUAUCUCUAUUUAGCAUAAUUUUAACUUUAUUAUUACUUUAUUUUACAAUAUUUCAAUAAGUAAUACAAUAAUAAAUUCAGAUAACAAGAUUAAUACGUAUGUGUACACGAGUAUACAUAUAAAGAUUAAUGUCAAUUCUUACAAUUAGAAGGAGUGUUACUACAAUUUUUUAAUAACAAAUAACUCAUAUCUAAUAUAACAAUUUGUGCCUUUCCUUAAAGUGUCUUGCGAAGUAUAGUCACAGUUGCAACGUGUUAACAAAGAAUAUCGCAAUAAAGUAAUGCAAAAUUUGAAUAAUUUUUCUUGCAAAAUUAUUUGUUCAAAAGUUUUCUUUGUUUUUUUGUGUAGUUAAUU